UAUGUUUUUGUGUUGAUCGCACGCAUGUGUUAACAAUGUGUUACGGAUUGUCAAAAACGUAUACUGCAAUAAUGAAGAUUUUGUUCAUAAUUAUCUUCACGGUCACAUUAUCGAAUGCGGAUAAAAGAUGCAAAGGAAUUUACUUCAGAGAUCAAUAUUACAAUUUGCAUUUAAUCAAAGAAGGCAUCAAUAAACUAGAUAAUCUAAUACUUAAUAGGAAUGACGAUAUUUUGUAUUUUACAUUUGAAGAGUUAAUUACACCACCAAAUAGACUGGUCGGUUAUAUUAAUAUGGAUACGAAAGAAACAAAAGUAAUCGAUGGCAUUAAAAAUGCCACGUCUAUUGCAAUUGAUCAGAGAUUAAAUAAAAUCUACGUUGGCAGUCAAAAUGGACUCUACAAAAUAAAUGAAAUGAAAAAAGUGGAAAGAUUGCCUAUACAAGAUCAUAUAAUAAAUUUACAUUUCAAAGAAGUUUUGUAUUUUACAAACAUAAAUGGUGAUUCAUUUAUAUUCGAAGACGGCUUCGGUGUAAUCGUUCAAGAACUACAGGGUGUUAAAAUAAAAGAAUUAAUAGUCGAUAAUGAUAAUAAUAUGUUUUUUGUUAAAAAUAAUACUUUAUUCAGAAUUAAAUUGGGAACAAAAGCAAUAAAUAUACAUGAGAAAAUAUACGUAGAUGUAAUUAGUACGGAUAUUCAUACGAAAGCUUACAUUUGUAGUAAAACUGGUGUUUACGUGUACAAUAAAUAUAAAUUUGCAUUAGACAGAGUUUCUGAUAUGAAUUUCUUAAAAGGUUUGACGUUUAAUAAAGCCAAUGAACCGAUUUAUGCUGCGAAAGAUUUGAUUAUCAAACUCAGUGAGAAUCAGAUACCUUGUUUUGAAGAUUGAUACAAAAAUGUAGAUUAAAUAUAUAAGUGAAGAAAAUAUAAAUUGUUUAAAGAUUGCGGCAUUAUUAUAGGCUUUUUAAGAACGGGUAACACUGACUACUUGUCUUUACGUUUUAAAAAUGAGACAGCGCACAAAACUUUGGAUAGAUAAUCGCACAACGGUUGUGCGAUUGUCGAGUGUUUCGUUGCCUUCAACUGUUUAGUUGCACAACUAACAAUCGACUA